GCGCGGGAGGCGGGUAGAGGGGCUGCUCAGCACCGCGUUCCCGCAGCAGCCGCCCCGCCGCCCGGCCCCGCCGCGCCUCCAUGAGCGCCGCCCUCGCCUAGCCCCGCCCGGCGGCCGGUCUCCGGCCUCGGCUCGCCUCGGGCUCGCCCCACCACCAGCAGCAGUAGCAGCGCCGGCAGCGGCGCGCCCCGCGGCAGGAGAGGAUGAAGGUGACCGUGGACUUCGAGGAGUGCCUGAAGGACUCGCCGCGCUUCAGGGCAGCUUUAGAAGAAGUAGAAGGAGAUGUGACAGAACUGGAACUGAAACUUGACAAGCUGGUGAAGCUUUGUAUUGCAAUGAUUGAUACUGGGAAAGCAUUCUGUACAGCCAACAAGCAAUUCAUGAAUGGAAUUCGAGACCUUGCACAAUAUUCCUGUAAAGAUGCGUUGGUUGAGACCAGCUUGACGAAGUUCUCUGACACAUUACAGGAAAUGAUCAAUUAUCACAAUAUCCUGUUUGACCAAACCCAAAGAUCAAUUAAAGCACAGCUUCAGACUUUUGUUAAAGAAGAUAUUAGGAAAUUUAAAGAUGCAAAGAAGCAGUUUGAAAAAGUUAGUGAAGAAAAAGAAAAUGCACUGGUAAAAAAUGCCCAAGUUCAAAGAAAUAAGCAACAUGAAGUAGAGGAAGCAACCAAUAUUUUGACUGCGACACGGAAAUGUUUUCGACACAUAGCUCUGGAUUAUGUUCUUCAGAUCAAUGUUCUUCAGUCUAAAAGGAGAUCAGAAAUCUUAAAAUCGAUGUUAUCGUUCAUGUAUGCCCAUCUGGCUUUUUUCCAUCAAGGCUACGAUCUUUUCAGUGAACUUGGGCCCUAUAUGAAAGAUCUUGGUGCACAGCUGGAUCAGUUGGCUGUAGAUGCUGCAAAGGAGAAGAGAGAUAUGGAGCAAAAGCACUCCACUAUUCAGCAAAAGGAUUAUUCCAGUGAUGAUACUAAACUAGAAUACAAUGUAGAUGCAGCCAAUGGUAUUGUUAUGGAGGGUUAUCUAUUUAAGCGAGCCAGCAAUGCCUUCAAGACUUGGAACAGGAAAAAGCCAGAUCACAUCAGGCGCUGGUUCUCAAUACAAAAUAACCAACUUGUGUACCAGAAGAAGUUUAAGGAUAAUCCCACGGUAGUUGUUGAAGAUUUGCGGCUUUGUACAGUUAAACACUGUGAAGACAUAGAAAGACGUUUCUGUUUUGAGGUGGUUUCUCCAACAAAAAGCUGCAUGCUUCAGGCCGACUCGGAAAAGCUGCGGCAGGCGUGGAUUAAGGCUGUUCAGACCAGUAUUGCUACAGCAUAUAGAGAGAAAGGGGAUGAAUCUGAGAAACAGGAAAAGAAAUCAUCCCCUUCUACUGGAAGCCUAGAAUCUGGCAGUGAGACAAAAGAGAAGUCGUUAAAGGGAGAAAGUGCUCUGCAGCGAGUUCAGUGUAUUCCUGGUAACGCUGCCUGCUGCGACUGCGGGCUGGCAGAUCCUCGCUGGGCCAGUAUCAACCUGGGAAUCACACUGUGCAUCGAGUGCUCUGGGAUACACAGGAGCUUGGGAGUCCACUUCUCAAAAGUAAGAUCUUUAACGCUGGAUUCAUGGGAACCUGAACUUCUGAAGCUUAUGUGUGAAUUGGGAAAUGAUGUUAUAAAUAGAAUAUAUGAAGCGAAGCUGGAAAAAGUGGGAGCAAAGAAGCCACAACCUGGAAGCCAAAGGCAGGAGAAGGAGGCAUACAUCAGAGCAAAAUAUGUGGAAAGGAAGUUUGUAGAGAAGCAGCCUGCCUCAGUAUCUCCGCUUGAAUCUGGAACAAAAGUGUUGCCUCCAAGUCAUGAAGAGAAAAGGCACAGUGUCCCUGAAAAAUCCCUUCUGGCAGGGGAGCAAGGUGCAGCAUCCCAAAAAGUACGAAGCAGUGACAGUGGGAUCCAGCAGAGUGCUGAUGACAGCAGAGAACACCUUGUCUCUACUAUAUCAGCUAACAGCUUGUAUGAACCAGAAGGAGAGAAGCAAGAGUCUUCUGUGUUCUGUGACUCCAAACAGCCUAGUCCAGGAUGGCAGCUGUAUCGGGCUGCCUUUGAGAAGAAUCUCCCUGAUAUGGCAGAAGCAUUGGCGCAUGGAGCUGAAGUGAACUGGGUCAAUGUGGAAGAAAACAAAGCAACACCCCUCAUUCAGGCAGUGCGAGGGGGGUCGUUGGUUACUUGUGAAUUCUUACUGCAGAACGGGGCCAAUGUGAACAUCAGGGACAUGAAAGGAAGAGGACCCCUGCACCAUGCCACGGUUCUGGGACACACUGGACAAGUAUGUUUAUUCCUAAAACGAGGAGCAAACCAGCAUGCCACUGAUGAAGAUGGGAAAGAUCCUUUGAGUAUAGCAGUAGAAGCUGCAAAUGCAGAUAUUGUAACAUUGUUGCGUUUAGCGCGGAUGAACGAAGAAAUGCGUGAAUCAGAAGGACUCUAUGGACAGCCAGGAGAUGAAAUUUAUCAGGACAUUUUUCGUGACUUUUCUCAAAUGGCAUCAAAUAAUCCAGAGAAGCUAAACCGUUUCCAGCAGUCAGAUUCCCAGAAGUCUUAAGUGUCAAGAAGAAGAACCUGAUCCUUAUAGUGCAAGUCUUUUUUUACUUUAACAGAAUGAAUUAUAUGCAUUUUGUUAGAUAGUUUGGAUAAAAUGACCACUUCAAUGUAGCUUUAGAUUGUGGUAGCUGGGGAAAUGUAUGAGUCGGUUUAUGUUAUACAGUACAUAUACCUCAGCAGCUAAAGAAAAUCUUUAAAAAGAAAAGGAAUACCUGUUAGCUCAGUAUAAAAGUAGUACCUGUUAGCAAGUACGAAGUUGUCUGCAGUUUGUACACGAAGUUAGCAGGGCAUAGCUGUGUGCAUUGCAGACUCUGGGUGGCAGGAUGAUCAGACUGUCACCUCUCUCCCUGUUGCCAUGAGGAAUGUGCCUCUGACGAGAAGGUCUGGGUUGCAUUUUCUGGGACUGUUUGGAAGGGAAAUCAGGUAAUGACUUACUGAGUUGUCCUUCUGUUUGUGAGUCUAUAACUGAACAGAUUCUCUUGUUCCUGUGCUGACUCUCAUUAGAGGUAGGUUGUUAAUAACAAGACAUGGUAACUCCUACUCUUUUGCAAGCUCUUUCACAGUGGAAGCUUUAACACCAGGCUGGCCUUUAUGCUGGUGACUGCGGGUCAGUCACAAUAGGUAUAUAUCCUGGAGGACCAAACUUCUAAGAGCAGUCUAUUUUCCUUCUCUUAAGUUAAACUUUCUGUGCAGCAAGUAUUCUUUUAAAUGAGCACGUGGAACCUUUCAUGAAAAAUAAACUUAAUACUUCUGGACGUGAUGUGGGGUUUGUUUGUAGUAUUUUGACAUCAAAACUUGGAAUUUGAGACAUGAAAGUAAAAAUUGAGCCGAUGGAGUUUGUGUAGAACAGUCAUAUGAAGGCUGUUUGUUACCUUUUCUUUCUGUUGUUCUCACUAUUAGCCCUAAGCUGGAUAUAUGAAAUCUGAUAUGUAGUGCAGCCACGCUAAAUUUAGGGCAAUCGAUGUUCUUUAUAUAAUCUGCAAAGACACGUAUGUAUACAUGUUGUCUAAACUAAGGUGUGCACAAGAAAACUCAGGACUUUCACUGCACAUUUUUGCAACAUAAUGGAUGAGCAGAGUCUCCGGCUGCAUUCUGAAGGCAGCAACACAGUUUGCUAUAUUCAGUCGUGAGCUCUGCGCUACCCAUGUGCUUGUAUAAACGGUGACUGUCAGUACGUGCUUAUGUGCCGGGUUGUUUAAUACCCAUAUAGUGAUCAUCUGAAACCCCAAACCAGCAGAUGCAAGUCUUCAUGCUCUGUUUGUCUGCCCUAUGGACAACUUACACAGAAUUUUUUGGUAAUGUAGUAUCAGUGUAGUGAGUUUUUUAACAAUCGUAAUAGCCAUGGUAUUAUGCUGGCCUGCUAUAUAAAUGUAUUUAGGAAAUGAAUUGGCUUUUUGCCAAGCUGGGUAAGACAAGCAAAAUUGGGUGAAGAAUUUCUGUAAACUAUGGUAAAUUAAACUUUCUGGCAUGUUAAAUUUAAAAUAUUUAUUGUUUUGCAUAAAAUUUAUAAUAAUGCAUCCAAUCUGGAUGAUUAUUGCUGCAAAGCUAAUAGCAUUUCUGAAGUGUCCAAUAGAUUCUUUUGCCAAGCAGAAGAAUCUUACAAAACAGUUCUUGCUUUGUGUGUGGUCUAAUUAUGCUAGAAAAGCAGAUUCUGUCCAUUUAAAGAGUGUGCUUAGUCUGAACAGUAAGACACUUAGGAAUACCACCUGUAAAUAGCUGUCUAUGAAAUGAUAAUGUACUUCCUAAUCUGCAGUAUCUAACAGCAGUGGAUGUUUUAGUAGAUCUUAAUAAGUAAAAUUCCCAGUGUACAGAUGGGACAAUAUAAGAUAUGGCCAUAUAUAUAGCAUACACUUUAGACAUAGGUUUUUCUAAAGAUUUGUCUUCUGCAGCCUCCAUGAGAGGCAGUAUAUAGUGUGACUGGCUGCAAUGUAAAGCUACCUAAAGCUUAAUGGCAUAAUUGCUAUCUCAGUCCUUGCUGCUGGAAAAAUAUCUGAUACACUUAUUUCAAAUCUCCGCUGGUAUUUUCCUUCCGAGCCAAAGCAAAUCUCCAUGAUAAAUUUUGCAGGAUGCCUUCCUAUAAACAAGAAAUUUCUUCACUGUAGCUCUGCGGAGCCAUUUGCUGCAUUUCCAGCUCUCACCUGUCUGGGAAGCAGCAUCAGUGUGUUUGUGCUGGAGGACUAGUAAUGUACCCGAUCCACGGGCUGUAUUGCUCUUUUCUGGAGCUCUGGAAUUCUCAUGGUUCAGGGAGUAGGUCAGUCACUUCUGACCCUGCAGCCUUUUUCCUUAGUCCUUUUAGGUACGCUAGGAUGUCCUGUAUAAGUGGCACUCAGUUAAAGCUUUUUUUUCAAGUCAGGUGCAAUACAUAUGUUAGGAUGUUGCUCAGCAGCAAAAAUGAAAAUGCCAUUAAGUUGCAUGAAAUCUAUUGAGGGCUUAGUCCUCCCAGACCAGCAGGCUCGGUGCUCCAGGGCCUCUGUAGCUCGCAGGAUUCUUACAGAGCAGGAUUAUCUCAAGUACUCUGAAGAUCUGGAUUUCCCUAUCGAGUUCUGACACUGAGCAAUAAUCUUCUGCUCAGUAAUGUCAGUAAACUUCUAUUUUUAUUUCAGUAUGAAUGUGAGUAUAACUAGAAUAGUGGACGAGAAGGUUCCAUUGUGGGUUAACAUCUUGUUCCCUGUACCAGAUACUGGACAGCUUCAGUUCCUGUCCAUGUUUCUCUGUAGGUAUGAAACAUGAUAGGUCUGAAUCAGUGGGGUACAAGGCAGUCGAUUCCUGACACAGUUAAAAAUCACUUUUCACGUGGAUUUUUAGUAAUUUACUAGAUAGCCCAUUUAAAGAUUUUUAUAAUAUUGUUCCUAGCCAGAGUUAGAUCAUGUUCCAAAAGUCUCUUGGAAAGACAGAUGUCGAGCAGCUCAAUAUAUAUUCUAAUGCAUCUUGAUUUCAGAAGUGUAAUUUUUUUACAUUGCAUGUUGAUUAGAAUGGUGUCUGUGGUGUCUCCUUAAGAUCUGUAUUGUUUUAGUUUUUCAUAAGUUUUCAUAUUUUAUGUUAAUGCCAGUAUAGUGCAUAUAAACUUAAAUUCUUGAAUUAUCAUACUGCAUCAUGCCACUGAAUUAUAUUAGACAUGGUGGAAUUUGUUCCUGUAAAUUUGCGUGUAGGCAGUAGACAGCAGAAGUUUUUAUUUGCUUUCACAAGCCGCACAUACUGCACUGAACGCAUAUUUCAGUUGUUCAUUAGUACAUUUUGGCCUUUGGCCUCCUUAUCAAUUAGGACCUAAUCCCAGAAGUCCCUGAAAUCAGUGUCAAUCUUUGCGUUUCUUUCAGAAGCUUUAGAUUGUACCUUUGAUAGCUCCUAAUGUUAGUGCAUGAAAGCAUCCUGUGUUAAUACUGUAUUUUUUGCUCUAUGGGCUUUUAUAUUUUACCUGUUUAUAUACUGAGCUGAAAUAGUUUCAGAAAAUGCAACCAGACCUUCUGCUGCUGUCAGCAAAUCCCCAUGUCAGAGGAAUUUUCUCCUGUUUCGUAGUGUGACAUCAGUUCACACAUUAUCCAAAUUCUUAGAGUUCUCAAUAGGGCUACAACUUUGUAGCACUAAAGAAGAAAGGUGAGAACUAGAAUAGGGUGGGGUUGGCUGUGAUGUUUCCAGGACUUUGGUGCCUCUCUGCAGCCAUCGGUGUUCAAGUGCGCAUGUUAACUCUUUUAUCAUGAGAAUCUCCAAUGACACAGUGAAUAUAAAAGGCUCAUUUGAUAAAACUACAAAUAAUAUGCAAGUGCAAGGAUGUCGUAUUUUUACACUGUCAAAAGGACUGAGCUGGUUAUUUAACACACUGAAAGUAUUUUGAGAGGAAGUUUUGCAAGAUAGCAUCUCUGCCUGUGUGCAGAUAGACACUUUUUCUGAAAUUAGAGUUUAUGCCACUUGGUUGUGCAGCUGAUUGUCUCGCACAAAAGCCCAUUUUUAAAAGAGAUACAAACUCCACAAUGGCAAUACUGGGGAAAAGGAUGAACGUACCACUUCGGAAUAUCCUGUUUCAUACGCUUGCUUUAUCUUUUUGCAUAUGGUGUUUUCUUGUUUCUCUUCCCAUGGAAGGAGAUGAUAGAGGAGGAAAAACAUCCUACUCACUUUUCUGUUAGGAUCCCAGAUUUUCCAUGUUUUGAUAGAAAUUGCUGAGAAAUCAUCAUUUCCUCAAGCAGAGGAGCUACUGUCUGAAAUAACGAACUUUAUUUUUUUCUUUAUCACUGUGUCUGUCUGUAUUUGGUGAUUUUUAAGCAUUCCAGUAGUAAAAUACCUGCAUUCUGUAACUCUCGAGGUGUAACUGUACAGACUGUACACGCCCCCCCCAGUUCCCUUUGUACUCGAAACUUGAAUGUCGUUUUCUGUAGUUUGUCAUUGUAAAUGAGAGAAACGCGUUAUAUACCUUUGUAGCCCGCGGCCUGUACAUGCUGUAAGGACUGUAAAUACUGUAUGGAUUAAACCUUUGUACGCGC